CCAGACACAAUAAAGUCUUCCCCACCACCCUCAAGAAACCUCACAAACCAUCCCCUCCCCCGCAAUCCCAAGAUGAACGAUGACGAGAAACCCCUUCCCCCCUCUUCUUACUCUCCCCGAAACGCACGUCGAUCCGCCCUCAUGGCCGUCACCGUCCUCCUGCUCAUUGCCGGCGUCGCGGCCCUCGUUGUCUACCUCAUCUACCGCCCCGAGCGUCCCCGCUUCUCCGUCGUCGGUGCCGCCGUGUACGACCUCAACGCCACGUCGCCGCCUGUCGUCUCCACCACCAUGCAGUUCACGCUCCUCAUCAGGAACCCCAACCGGCGGGUCUCCAUCUACUACGACCACCUCUCGGCCUUCGUCUCGUACCGGGGCCAGGCAAUAACCCCGCCGGCGUCGCUGCCGCCGCUCUUCCACGAGAGCCGUAGCACGGUGGAGCUGUCCCCCGUGCUGGGCGGGGCGGCGGUGCCGGCGGCCGCGGAGGUGGGGAACGGGCUGGCUGUGGAUGAGGCGUACGGGGUGGUGGGGCUGAGGGUGAUGGUGAUAGGGAGGUUGAGAUACAAGGCGGGUGCAAUAAGGACGGGGCAUUACGGGCUCUACGUCAGGUGCGAUGUGUUGGUGGGUUUGAAGAAGGGCUUCGAGGGUCAAGUGCCUCUGUUGGCCUCUCCUCCAUGCAAAGUUGAUGUGUAGAAGUGUGAUUUCCUUGCUUGUAAUUAAGUUUUUACAAGCUAGCUUGCUUGCUUCUUCCUCUUUUGUUAACUAUGUUGAGUAAAAAUAUAAUUGCAACACAACUUUACUCUU